GAGCACGGAAGCGUUCCGAGCAGAGACGUGUAUCCGUGAAGCUCGUCACUCGUUGUGAUACUGCUGUAGGAAUUCGUUUGAAAUGGGAGGCUUCUUCUCCAGUCUCUUCUCUGGCCUUUUCGGCACGAGAGAGAUGAGGAUUCUGAUCUUGGGACUGGACGGGGCCGGUAAAACCACCAUACUUUAUCGCCUACAGGUCGGGGAAGUCGUCACUACAAUUCCCACAAUUGGUUUCAACGUCGAGACUGUUACUUACAAGAAUCUGAAGUUUCAAGUAUGGGAUCUUGGUGGACAAACAAGUAUUAGACCUUACUGGCGCUGCUACUACUCAAACACAGAUGCUGUGAUCUAUGUGGUGGACAGUAGUGACCGUGAUAGGAUGGGAAUCUCAAAGUCUGAGCUAGUUGCUAUGUUGGAGGAGGAGGAGCUGAAGAAGGCCAUUCUGGUCGUGUUUGCCAAUAAACAGGACAUGGAACAAGCUAUGACCCCCACUGAGGUGGCCAAUUCCCUUGGCCUACCAGCCCUGAAAGACCGAAAGUGGCAGAUCUUCAAAACGUCAGCUACCAAAGGCACAGGCUUGGAUGAAGCUAUGGAGUGGCUGGUGGAAUCCCUGAAGAGCCGGCAGUAAUACUCACACUCAACUCCCUGUAAAUAUACUUGACCUUUUAAGUUCCUGUUGAAAGACUGCUCAUUGGGUGCCCUUUGGACCAGUGGCUGGGCUCUUCCCAUUGUGUGAAGGACACGCCCCUCUUGUUAGGGCGUAAAACUGCAGUGACAUCCACACAGUUAGAUGGCAUUAUGCCUACAAAGACUGUCACGUUUUCCUGACCAAAAUGGAAAUUCUGCAGCAGGCAAACGAUUGUUACCGCAGUCAUUAUUGCUAUUUUUUUCCUCUUGUACUAAUGCUAAUAGGACUUGCUCUUACCACAAAACAGAUCCACUACAUUUUUAUGUCACGAAUCCAAACAGGCUUUGUUAUGGUUUACGUUUUGUUCUUUGCCUCUUUGUCCUUAAGUCUUGCGGCUUUGGUAUCAAUACUUUGGUAUUUUAGUGAGUAGUUAUUUAAGACUAAUCAUUGUUUAUAUAUGGGAUGGAUUUGUAAUUGCAUAUUUAUAAAUGGGCAUGCACAGUGGAGAUAUUCCAUCAGUAAAACUGGGCUGUGUUCACGC